AUGGCAUUUAUGCUCAAAUCAUCGGAACCAGUGAUUUCGGAGGCUUUGGAUUCGCUGAGGAAGAAAUCGUGUAGAUCUUCUACCAUCUGCCUAUUAAUUAUUAUGAUGCUUAGCGUUUAUAUCUUUGGGGGAACAUUUUCAAGUCUGGGCUUUGCUGCAAUAAUAUCGUCUAAUGUUGGUGGAUUUAUGCACCAACGUUUAAUAAAGACAUCUGCCAUAAGCACCAAUAUGAGAUUGCAGCAAAUCCUAAAAUCGAUUUUCUGUAUCAUCAUGCUUAUGGUUUUAGUUUUGAUUUUACAACAUAUAGGAUUAUUUGAACAAAAGGCUUGUGUGAUAUUAUUUGUAUCUACAGUAAAUGUAGCCGCCACGUUAGUCAUGUAUUUUUCCAAACUGAAUAUUCGUCAAGACACAGAUACUAGGACUGGGGUAAUAGAGUUAAGUAUAUUAGUAAUCAUAAUGUUACUGUUGAUAGAAGGUAGUUCGUUUGACGUCUGGAAGUGGUCUGGGUUGUCUCUAUAUCUGAUAGCAAACCGGAUUCAAACACAGCGUCUGGCAACUGCAGAAUCAUUACCAGAUCAACAACAAUAUGAACAAACAGGUUUUCAGAUGAUGAAGUAUAUAAUAUUACUAAGUCUGAUUUUACUUUCAACAAGAGCAACACAGAUCGUUCCAUCACCAUCAUUCGAACACAGCCAGGUUAGUUUAAACAGACGCAGUGCAUAUUCACAACAUUUAGAUAUACAAAACCUCAAAAUUAAUCCUUUGUUGGAUGAUUUAGUCAAACAAUUAGGGUUUUCUUAUCAAUCCGUUUUGUCCAACCCACAAGAGGAGACCCGGGUACAGGCGCUCACCGACACCAGAAGCGUCAUCAACGAAAUCCAAAGAAUCCACUUCAAUCUGUUUACAGAACUUUUGAGGCCGUACAAAUUUGUAAUACUGUUAGACAUAUCUCAUACGGAAAGUAAAGGAGACCCAGCUAUCACUGUUGGUGAGGUGUUGUUGAUACAAAGACUUGGAAAGAAACUGAUUCAUUACUGCUCAGAAGCUUGCUGUACUGAUCCCAGUUUAACUGUGGCUUCUAAGAUUAGCCAAUUGUAUUCUAAAGAUGAAUUGGUAAUUAUGAUCCAAGGUGGUGGUAAUUUAAUUGGUUGGGAAACUCACGAUCUUUUAAGGGCGAGAGCUUUUAAACACUUCGAAGGAUUUAAUUUUAUAAUGUUUCCACAGACACUGUUCAUCAAAUCGACACCAGAACAUUUAGAAUUUUGUCAUCAGCUUUACAGAAAUCAGGAAAACUUAACCAUGCUAUUCCGAGAUCAGAUCUCGUUUGAACUAGGUAAAAAACAUUUUAUUGGUAAAGCCCAAUUGAUCCUAGCUCCAGAUAUGGCAUUUCAAAUAGGACCAAAGAAGAGAAUUAUGGAUCCAACAUAUGAUAUAGUAUGGUUAAAGAGAGUGGACAAAGAGUCACCUGGUUAUGAAAUACCCGUUGAUGAAAUCCCUCAUGACAUAUUGUAUACUUCUGACGACUGGGUGGUAUGGUCUACUCAUAUUGACAAUUAUAAUGCUUUAUCUAAUGCCUUUAUGUUUGUUAACAGUGGUUUUACCUUUUUACAACGUGGACGUGUUGUCAUAACUGACCGACUUCAUGGUCAUAUACUCAGUGUUUUAAUGGACAUUCCCCAUGUACUUAUAGGGAACCAAUAUAAGAAGAUAGACGGUUUCUAUCAAUCAUGGACUUAUGGGUUACACAAUGUCCGAAUGGCUACAAAUGCUUCCCAUGCACUAAGCCUCGCCCUAGAAUUGUUAAAAAUUUACAAUGAUGAUCUUCCCCCGAAACUCCCUUUUAUGGAAAUUAAACAACCAUGUAUAAUCGAAUAG